AGUAUGAGAAGAAACACAUAUAACGACAAAAGGCAGAUAGACACUGGGUAUCAAGAAGAGAAAUAUAUAACUUCAAAAAUGCCAAGGUAUGAGUUUGAGUCCAGUAUUAGUCGAGAAUCUCCAAACAUUUGGCGGUCUAAGUCUGACCAAUCUUAUAGAGAUUUCAGAGAUCUUUUUGAUCUGCAAGACAGAGAUGAAGUACGAGUAAAAGAUCAGUUUGGAGAGAUCAGUAGACAUGAUGAAGAAGAACAACGGGGACAAUCUUCCGAACUAAAAAAGAAUCUACAAAACAUAACCCCAUCAGUUCCUAUUGAUGAUUACACAAAUACCAAGUUGCCCAGUGAGACUGACCCACAAGCACAAAGAUUUUUCACUCAUGACUCAGAAAAUGAUUUACAGACAAAAAGUGACUCAAACAAUUCUGUGAAUCAGCUUGAGUUAAAACAAACUGAGGAAGAUAAAUACAGACCAGAGCAGUUGGUACAGAUAUUUAACUCUGAAGGUACGGUACCUACAGAAAACCUCACGCAUUUGUUAAAGGAACUAGUAAUUUGCUAUUUUGUCUCAGAAAAAGGUGUCCCUAUGGAUAAGAAAGACAGUUUUAAAAUUAUUAAUGAAUCUUUCAAGAGGUCGAACGUCUCCAAGCUGGAUUUUCAGUUUGGCACCUCCGAUCAAACAACAUUCUGUUUGGUGUUCUGGAAAGAUAAUCUGGUGCUCAAGGUAAAAGGCAAUAGAGAGAGUCUCCUGGACAAAACUCUGAAAUUGUUAAUUAACAGACUCCUCAUGUGCUGCUACUCCAUAAAGCCAAAUUUUAAUUUUUUCGGCCUGCACGGUUUGGACAUGAAAAUGUGCAAAAAGGAAAUUCCUGGAUUGUACAGAAUUGUCACAAGGAAAGACGCUCCAACAGCUAAAGACGCUGUUUCAUACAUUGACAAAUUUUUCAAAGUGGACACUGACUGUGAACUGGUAUUCUCACGCCUAGAGGAUUUCACAAUCAUAGACUUCGAAGCUAUAAAAGAGUACGUGACAUCCAAAGGACUGGACCAUAUCUGUGAUGACGUACACCACAUGACAGUGUUCGUGCGACGUACGCCUCAAUACUGGAGGGACAAGAUUUUAGCCAGUGGGAAGAUGUACAAUCAUAAGUACUUCAUCCACCCUCCAACUUCACAAUCGUCUGGGAAGGGUCUAAACCCACUGUUGCAACAACCAGUUUCGGCAGUGCCUCAACCGAAUGUCCUUGAAAAAUCUGGAGUUCAACAGAAUAAAACAGUCCCCGGCCCAACAGAAGAGGAAAAGAGACAGUGUUUGGAACGUAUAAAAGACAUACAUGAGAAGUAUACAGGCAGGAAGGCCAGAAAAAAAAAGACCAGAAGGCAACAAUAUAUGAGAUCCAUUUCUGAUGAGAAGGUGCGGAUGGGAAUACCUCUGAUUGAGAUCCACGAGCUUCGGUUUGUGGGAAAGAAGCGUAGAAAGAAAGCGCAGCGCAUGAAGGAAGAAUUGGCCAAGAUGUACGCAAGCCGAAGAAACUGAAAAAGGAACAACACUGGGCGGAGAAACUGUGGUUGGAGUCAUUUAUGGACAAACCAAAAACCAAAAUCUAGGGGGAAAUCAGAUAUCCUGUACAGGAUAUUCUGACACGGGUCAUUAGGCCUGGAAAAUAUCCAGUUUGUCUUCUCCAAGGAAGAAGACAAAAGAACCAAAGAUGUUGCUCCUGGUGGCUAAUAGAACAUUAAAACAAAUUAUGUUAAUGACCGUGUAGUUGGACUUUUUGUUGUUUUAACAGUAAAUAGUUUGUUUUGUAUUAAUAUACUAAACUAAAAUAUUUUGUACUUACACUAUAGAAUAUUAUGUCAUAGAGAGAGUAUACUUCUAAGGAAAUUUGUAUUAAAUGUGAUCUCGCUG